AUGACGACGACGAAGAAGAGGGAUGCGGUCACGCCACUUGCGAACAUGGACAUUCUGAGGACGUCCCUGCUCGGACUCGCGCCGCCGUGCCAGAAGGGCGCCGAAGUCCCUGGUAGGGUCCUCGAUGUUGGGACGGGGACGGGUAUAUGGGCUAUUGACUUUGGUGAUGAGCAUCCCGAGGCUGAGUUGGCAAACACAAAGGUUCUUGGGAUCGAUCUUUCGCCUAAUCAACCUACGUUCCUGCCGCCAAACGUCGACUUUGAAGUAGACGACAUUGAAGAGGAGUGGUUGUUUGACGAGCCGUUUGACUAUAUCCACAGCCGUCUCAUGACAUCCAGCAUCGCAGACUGGAAGGACAACCUCACACCAGGAGGCUACCUCGAGCUCCAAGAAGUCGACGUAGGCCCCUCCUGCGACGACGGCACCCUCGACCCCACGACCUCGGCUCUGGCGCGGUACUGCAACCUCUUACACGAGGCCUCGGUGAUGCUGGGCCGGCCGUACCAGGAGAUCCCCAAGCUCGCCGACGUGAUGCGCGAUCCGGAGAUCGGGUUCGUGGACGUCGAGGUCCGCGUGUUCAAGUGGCCUACCAACGGGUGGCCUGCCGCGGACACGGAGGAAGGGAGGAGGUUGAAGGAAGUAGGCGUGUGGAGCGGGGAGAAUAUCGUUGCCGGGCUCGAGGGGUUCGCGAUGGCGCCGUUUACGAGGGCGUUUGGGUGGUCCAAGGAAGAUGUUGACGCGUUUUUGGUGGAUGUGAAGAGGGAGAUGAGGGAUGAGAGUAUCCAUGCUUAUGGGCUUGUGUAUUCCAUUGUGGGCAGGAAGCCUUUAGGAUAA